AUCUGUUAAUUUCGGAUUCGCAUUUGAAAAAUUCACAUGUAGGCCCAAACGCUCUUUUAGCCAUAUUACAACGGGACUAUUGGAUUCUCUCGGCCAGAAGAGCGGUAAGAAAAAUCACAUUCAAAUGCAUUUCGUGCUACAAAUUAAAGGGACUCACAACCCAACCCUUGAUGGGAGAUCUGCCUAAAGACCGCGUUUUAGCGGCUAGACCCUUUCAAGGCGUGGGAACCGACUUCGCAGGUCCAUUUUAUGUAAAGUCUCAUAAGUUGCGGAAUCCAAAGGUCACCAAGGCCUAUUUGUGCGUAUUUGUAUGCCUGGCCACUAAGUCCGUCCAUUUAGAAUUAGUUUCGGAUUUGUCUUCGGAGGCCUUCAUCGCCUGUCUCUCUCGCAUGACCUCGCGACGCGGUUUUCCAGCGAUCAUUAGGUCAGAUUGUGGGUCAAAUUAUAAGAGCAGUGACAGAUAUUUAAAGGAAGUUUUCAAAUUUUUGGAACAAAAUCAAUCACAAAUCGGUCAUGAUUUAGCUCGGCGCGGUAUAACCUGGCUCUUCGAUCCUCCCGCGUGCCCGUCGUGGGGCGGUUUAUUUGAGGCGGCCGUAAAGUCGGCCAAGACGCAUUUAAAACGUACUAUUGGGGAAACAACUUUGACCUUCGAGGAACUUAGUACGGUUUUCUGCAAAAUCGAAGCAGUCUUGAACUCACGGCCUUUGUGCCCUCUGUCUUCGGACCCAAAUGACCUAGAGGUUCUGACCCCAGGUCAUUUUCUUAUCGGACAACCGCUAACAGCGCUUCCAGAGUACCCCUUUCAGGAUGAAAAGACGUAUAAAUUAUCUCGCUUUCAGUUGCUACAGCAACUAUCUCAAAGAAUUUGGCAUCGGUGGCAUUUGGAAUAUCUUCACACCCUACAACAGCGAUUGAAGUGGACUGACCCAGCUGUCCCACCUAAAGUUGGGGAUUUAGUUUUACUAAAAGAGGACAAUGCGCCACCUCUUCAAUGGCGCCGCGGUCGGAUAGUAGCGUUGUAUCCUGGGAAGGACGGCGUGGUCAGGCUCGCAGAUGUACGGGUAGCGCAGGGUACAGUUUUGCAACGGGCAAUCUCCAAAUUGUCUCGUUUGCCCUUAGAUUAGCUUUAAUUAGGUUUAUUUUCGGUUUGGUUUAGGCUUAAAUAGUUGUUAGUUUUUAUUAGGUUUUCGGAAGCAGUUGAAGACUGCUUGGGCGGGGGAAUGUUUGGUAAUUAUUAUUUAAGCGGCAACUCCAGCUGUCAAAGUCACGUUGUCGUUUUGUCGUCUGACAGGUGACAGUGUCACUGUCAAAUUCAUUCAUCGGUUUUCGGUUGGAUCGGCCGCGGCUCGCCGCCCUUUCUCGGCAUAGUUAAUUUAAUUUCGGUUAGAGUGCAAUAAAUACCACAUUCCACCACACCCACAAAACACACUAAAGUGCCUCAAGCAAGAAGCAAGAAGAAUCGGGCCCGAUAUUCGCCGGCAACGA